CAAUAAGUAGUGUAGUUGUCUUCACUCUCCCGUUUACCAACAACCACCACCCAAACCUUGGUCCGGCCGGCGGCACUACAAAAGCAACAGAUCGCCACCAGCGUGGUUACCCAACCCAUUCACCUGCUGCGAAUCUACACCCCACCAACCAAAUCCUCUCCCGCAAAGUACGCACGGCACAGCAACACAUGCAGCAGCCGCAGCAGCUCGCGUGAGCGUGGGCGGGUACACUAGAGCCGAGCUGACGGUGAUCACCACCAUGGCACCAUGCUCGUCGUCGUAGUGUGCUACAACUAGCGGCGACAGCGAAGGCGAGCGUGCAGUGCCGCCACUGUCGACAGCUUUCCGGUGGGGGCAGGGAGGCAAUACAUCGAGUUGGGGACGGGACGACGAGGGGGGAGGAGGCAGGAAUCAUUCGGCUGCAAAGUUGCCGGCGCCACCUCGUCGGCACUGUCCCCGCUUUCCUGGGCCGCGUGGGGGCCGCGCCGCUGGUCCUGCGUGAUUGGGUCUGGGUGUGCUGCCGCUGCGCCACCACCACCGCACCGGCACCAGCACCAGCACCAGCACCAGCUGCGGCCGCUCCCAUCUUUUCAACAAGAGAGAGAGAUGCUUCCGCUCCUCCUUAUAUCCACGCUCCCGGCCUUCACGCUGCUCCUCGUCGCCCGCGCCUCCUACAAGCCCUGGAAGCUGGUGCGGGAGCUCGGCCUCGUCGCGCUGCUGCUGGCGCGGGAGUUGCUCCGGCACUCCGCCUCCGCCGCCGCGGGCAGGAAGGAGCAGGGCGCAAGAAUGCCGCCGCCGCCGCCGUCCAAGGCCACGACGCCGCCGCCCGCAUUGGCGGAGGACGACGACGCGGCCGCGCUCCCGGUGCUCGACCUGCCGGAGCUGGCGCUGGAGCGCGUGCUGGAGGAGCUGUCCCCGGCGUCGCUCGCCGCGAUGGCGUGCGUCUGCGCGGGGCUCAGGGACCGCUGCUCCAUGGACAGCCUGUGGGCGCGCCACGUCCGGCGGAAGUGGGGCCGCGUGCUCGGCGCCGCCGCGCGCAGGGAGUGGGGGGCGGAGCUGGCCGCCGCCGCUACCCUCCCGCGCCCGGCCAGGCGGCGGGGCUGGGCGGACUCGCUGGCGUGCGCGUGGCCCUUCUCCUGGAUCGGCCGCCGCUGGCUCAAGGAAGAAGACGCCGCCGCCGCCGCCGCCCGUUCUUCACCCGCGCCGCCGGCGGACUCGGUGGCCGCGUGGUACCGCGCGCUCGAGUGCGGCGACUUCUGGUUCCCCGCCCAGGUGUACAACCGCGAGCAGGACGGGCAUGUCGGGUUCCUGCUCUCCUGCUACGACGCUCACCUCCGCUACGACCGGCGAACCGACACCUUCACCGCCAGGUACCCGCCCCACGGCCGGAAGCCGGCCAAGGAGGAGGAGGGCGUGCAGUGGUGCAGGGUCCGCGCGGCGCCGCUGAGCACGCCGGCGCAGGACCUCCACGCCUCGGGCUGCCUGGAGGACCUCCGCCCCGGCGACCACUUCGAGAUCCAGUGGCGGAAGAACAAGGAUUUCCCCUACGGCUGGUGGUACGGCGUCGUGGGCCACCUCGAGUCGUGCAACGCCAACGAGCAUCUCUGCCGCUGCCAUGAAGACGAUACGAUCAUGCUGGAGUUCAAGCACUACGCGGCCGGCUCGAGGUGGAGGCAGACCACGGUGAGCAGGAAAGACCACCGGGAGAAAGGGGACGAGACUGACGGCUUCUACGGCGGCAUCAGGAAGCUGCAGACCAAGGACGAGAUCUCCACGUGGCGGCGAUUCUGGCCGGUCGACGUGCUCAGCUGAACCUGAACAUAUACCUGCCGCUCCGUUGUACACCUCAUUACCGGCGGCCUGGCUGCCGAGCUGCGGCGUUCGAGUCCCUUCACCUACUGCUCCUGCGGCGUUCCUCUGAAGAGUCUGCUCAUCUGCUGCUCCUGCGGCGUUCCUCUGAAGAGUCUGUUCACCUGCUGCUCCUGCGGCGUUCCUCUGAAGAGUACGUUCACCUACUGCUCCUGCGGCGUUCCUCUGGAGCGCAGGACCUCCGAGUUGGUUGCAGCCGAGAAGCGACGAACAUAGGUCGUGUGAAUGAUGAUGUAUAGCUUCACCAAUCCUUCAGUUCGCACGGUGCUGCUGCGGGUUCCUAGGUUUGUAGAUUUUCAGAAUGUUACAUGGCAUAAAUCGACGUGCAGUUGUAUCUUUUCCA